GUUUCGUUUCUCCCUCCCAGCUUUAUCUGAGGUUUCAACAUGGCCGAAAUAGACGAGACUCAGUUUUCUCUGAUGAGUCUGGAGGAUGAACUGACCUGCAGCAUCUGUCUCAGUACCUUUGACUGUCCGGUGACCAUCCCCUGCGGCCACAACUUCUGCCAGGACUGUCUCCUCGCCACCUGGAAGGACACCUACAGCUGUCCUCAGUGUCUGACGCACUUCGCCACCAAACCGGAACUGAAGAAAAACACGGUCCUCAGCACCGUCGUGCAGACCUUCAACUUGAGGUCAAGCAAGAGCGAGAGCAACCUGUUCGGAGAGGAGAAAAAAGCCGAGGAAAAGGAUGUUAUCCGCUGUGAUACAUGUAUGGAAGCAGAGGCGUCUCAGACCUGCCUCACCUGCAUGGCCUCUUUCUGUGAGGAGCACCUGCGGCCUCACCGGGAAAACCCAAAUUUCGCUGUCCACCAGCUGAGUGAGCCCGUCGGUGACCUGUCGGAGCGCAUCUGCCCGGAUCACCACAAGCUGAUGGAGCUCUUCUGCAGCCAGCACGGCCGUCCAAUCUGCAGCCUCUGUCUCCAAAAUGUCCACAAAGGCUGCUCCUUCACGUCUCUUGAGGAGCAGAGGACUCUGAAAGAGUCUGAACUCCAAGAGAAGUUGGGUUUGCUGGACAGGAAGAUUGAGAAGACUGAGACUGUUUUGUUUCAAAUGAACGACGUGCAGAGCAAGCUGAAGGAGGGAGCAGCCAAAAGAAAGACAGCAUUAGCAGCUAUGUAUCAGCAGAUGCGGGACAUGUUGGCCCAAGAGGAACGCGAGGCCCAAAAUGAGGUGGACCGCGAGCUGGAGCUUGGUCAGACGAAACUUCGGGACAUCACAAAGAAGUUAACUGACAAAUCUGCGAUGAUGAGAAAGGCCAGAGGAGAUAUUGACGGUCUGCUGAGUCAACCCCAAACCACUGCCUUUCUGCAGGCCUCAUAUGACUUGCUUUGGGUUGUAAACUUUGAACCUUACACGCCUCGAAUCAACCUGGACUCCAAGAAGGUGACAGCAACACAGGCCUUUGCUGGUGCAUUGAAGGAGUAUCUGACAGACACCUUUAAACAGCCGGUUGAGGCCAGACUACCACUAAUCAAACCAGGUGAAUGCGCAGGUGACAAAGCAAAUCCUGUCUCAGGACCUGCAGAUACUGAAAGGACUGGAUCUCAGACAGAAUCUGAGCGACCACAGCCUCCAGAGCAGAUAAAACAACCCCAGAGUCUAGGCUGUCCACCCGUCCAGCAAUUCUUCCAGCCAGUUCAUGUACCUUAUUUUUCCCAUAUGGGCUCACAGGCAGGCUGGAAUUCCCAGUAUUCAUUUGGAAUGCCACCGGUCACUCAAAGGGGUCCUCCAUUUAUGGGAGGACAAAAGAAACAACAAGACAAAAAGCAACCCAGUACUCCAGGUAGGAGUAAUCCAGGCACACCACGACCUGACUUCACGAAGAAAGAUAAUCCCAAAAGCCACCCUCCUUCAGGGAAAUCAACUCAACACCAUCCUCCUUCUGAGAAGUCAACUAAACACCAUCCUCCUUCAGAUAAGUCAACUAAACACCAUCCACGACCAAAGAAAAAUAACUAGAUACAGCAGCAGCAGAUGUAUUCCCCUCUACAGUCCUGAUGAUCCUGAGACACUGUAAGAUCUUACUAUGGAUAUUUGAGAUUGUAUUGUAAUGCUUCAUAUAGUGUGGUAGCAGUUAUUAGGAAAUGAACACAACAUCCAGUAUUCAGCUGUCUUGCGCUGUGUUACACUGGUAAAUGAUUAACACAUCCCGACAUGAUGACAUCAGUGUAAAAGCUUUAAGUAUUAUCUCAUUAAAACACAGAGACAUGUGGCUUAUAUAUGAAAAUAUUUAUGGGAAUGUCUUCAAAUUCAAAAGAUGGCUUCAUUACAUUCACUUCAAUCAAAAUCAGUUUUUGUCACCUGUAGUUGCAAAUUCACCAAAACCUUCCUAUCGUUUCUGUAAACAGCUAUGACUUAUAUGAUUGUUACCAAUAAAAACUUACUUUCUCCCAGA